GAAGCCUUUGAGUUACCAUAAGUGACUGGCAAUCUGAUUCUCUGAUACCCUUUGGGUAAAGGGAAUCAGAGGUCAACCCCAAUAUAUUUAUAUAAACACAAAAGUCACAUAGAAAUGUAAUAAAUAUAUUGGAUAAAAUGUCAUACACAUCAAAGAUUUUCUUAAUUUGGUUAUAUUACAUAACAACUUUUAGAAAAAAAUAGAGAAUCAAGAAAAUCAAUAUGCAUAGGCAUUGAUAAUCAAGCAGCUUUUCUUUUUCCUUUUUGCAUUUCAAGAAACCAAGGAAAAGUGGUUUUGCUGAAAUGGGUAUGCCACAAAUCAUUGGAAGAAUGGAAGGAUGGCUUUAUUCUAUUAGGUCCAAUAGGUUUGGCUUACAGUUUUCGCGCAAGAGGUAUUUCAUUCUUGAAGAACAUCACCUCAAAUGCUACAAAACAAUACCCAUUUCAGAGAACGAGGAGCCGGUUAGAAGUGCAAUGAUAGACUCUUGCAUUCGUGUCACUGAUAAUGGAAGAGAGAGCAUCAAUAGAAAAGUCUUCUACAUUUUCACCCUCUAUAGUACUAUAAAUCACAAUGAUCAACUUAAGUUGGGAGCAAGUAGUUCAGAAGAUGCAGCAAAAUGGAUUCAAUCUUUGCAGAGUUCAGUGUUGAAGGAGUGUCCAGAUCCAGGAAAAGACUUUGUGGCCGUUUCUAAGAGGAAAUGGCCACCUUUAAGAUUAAGUGUUUCAACAAGGAUGGAUUGUAAGAGAUCUGUGGAUUAUUUCUCAACAUUGCAUACUGAAGCAAUGACAUCUGAUGUUCUUGCUCCCUCCCCAUGGAAAAUUUUUGGUUGUCAAAAUGGACUACGCCUUUUUAAAGAGGCCAAAGAUUGGGAUUCUCAUGGGGGAUAUUGGGAUGAUCAUGCUGCGAUAAUGGCAGUUGGUGUGGUUGAUGGGACUUCUGAGGCCAUUUUUAGGACCCUUAUGUCCCUUGGUCCAUUAAGAUCAGAAUGGGACUUCUGUUUCUUCAGGGGUAGCAUGGUCGAGCACCUUGAUGGUCAUACUGAUAUUAUCCACAAGCAAUUAUACAGCGAUUGGCUACCCAGAUGGAUGAAACGCAGAGAUUUAUUGUUGAGACGGUAUUGGAGAAGAGAGGACGAUGGAACCUAUGUUAUCUUAUACCAUUCUGUUAUUCACAAGAAGUGCCCACCACAAAACGGCUAUGUGCGAGCCUGCCUUAAAAGCGGAGGAUUUGUUAUAACACCUAUAAAUCAAGGAAGACGAUCACUUGUAAAACAUAUGCUUGCAGUUGAUUGGAAGUCUUGGAAAUUAUAUCUGCGACCCUCGGCUGAACGAGCUAUGACAAUUCGAAUGCUUGAAAGAGUUGCAGCAUUAAGGGAGCUGUUCAAUUCCAGAGACGAAAAUUAUGCAGACUUCUUAUCUGGGGAUUCAACAGAACAAGUUGUGUUGCCUCAGAUUGAAAAGUUAGAUUUCAAACUGGAAGUUAAAGGAUCAGAAAAUAUUGAAUCUAAUUUGACACAGAAUGAAGUUGAAAAAACAAGUACAAGCUUAACUUGUCUGAAUAGUUCUCCUGAUGAAUUCUUUGAUGUUCCUGAUGCCAAUGACAUGAUGGAUUUUGAACAUAUGGGAAAUGAUUGGUCUUCUAAAAUCAGUCCUGAGAUUCAAACACCGAGUAUUCACCCACCAAGACUAUCAUCUGCUGCUGGCAUAGUGAAGAAGUUGCAUGACCUUGCAGUUCAAAAGAAAGGAUACACGGACUUACAUGAGGCAGCAAAGGAAGAUAGCAUAUCGUGCUCCUUUGGAUCUACUCUUCAAAAAGAUCCAACUUGUUCUUUACCUUGCACUUGGGCUGCUGCUGAACCUUCUUCAUUUUUGAUUCGUGGACAAAAUUAUCUGAAGGAUCGUGAAAAGGUAAAAGCAAAGGGCACUUUGAUGCAAAUGGUUGGUGCAGAUUGGUUGAGAUCUGAUCAACGAGAAGAUGAUCUCGGCGGUCGUCCAGAAAGCAUUGUCCAGAAGUAUGCAUCACAAAAUCGACCGGAAUUCUUCUUUAUCGUCAAUAUACAGGUUCCAGGAUCAACCUUGUACACCUUGGCAUUAUAUUACAUGCUAAAAACUCCAUUGGAAGAAACACCUGUGUUGUAUAACUUUGUCAAUGGCGAUGAUGCCUAUAGAAAUUCAAGAUUCAAACUUAUACCUUACAUUUCUAAGGGAUCAUGGAUAGUCAAGCAAAGUGUUGGUAAGAAAGCUUGUUUGGUUGGGCAAGCAUUAGAAUCGCAUUAUAUUCGUGGGAAAAACUACUUAGAGCUCGAAAUCGAUGUUGGAUCUUCCACAGUUGCAAGAGGAGUGGUCAAUCUUGUGCUUGGAUACUUGAACAAUUUGGUCAUAGAAAUGGCAUUUCUGAUACAGGCUGAAACUGAAGAAGAGCUUCCAGAAUUUCUUCUUGGAACAUGUCGACUUAAUCAUCUAGAUGCAGCAAAAUCAGUAUUGGUAUGACCAUAAUUUUCACCAUAACAUUUUUGUAUCUUCAUGUGAGAUUGGAUCAAGUAAGGGCAGAGUGAAGAAGAAGAAGCUGUAAGACUUUUAUUAGUAGAAGCUCUUUCUUUUCCAUUCAAUCAUAAUGUCAUGAUUCUUUGCUAGGUUAAUAUAUUUUGUAAGAUACUCAAUUUUCUUUUUGGUUGUCUAAAUAUGUAUAAUGUAUUCAAAAAUAUGUUUUAUGAACACAUUAAUUAUAA